AUGUCGUCCUCGCGCGCUGUGGCUGCUCAGAAAAAGUGCGCUGUUCCAUUGGCGGAAGAUUUAAACGAAAAAAAUUAUGAAGAUCUCUUGGCCACUGCUAUAUUAAAUAAGAUUGUCGCCAACAGUCAGACAAAGAAAAAAGUCCCAGUUAGGAGGACUAGAAUUUCUAAAUGUUCUCCAAAACAAACGGAUUUAAAAGAUCAGAAUUAUUCCGAUUCGAAAAAUACAGAAGAGCGGCGGAGAACUCCAAGAGUGUCUUUAACAGUGGAAGAAUUCACGGAAGAAGUAACGACAACCAGUUAUAAUACAUACUCCGAUAUUGAAGGUGAUUAUGACGAUGGUUACAACGAAGGUGAUGAAGAUGACGAUGAAAGAUCGCAAUCGACCAUUGGAAUGUUCAUGUCGAACGCUAAAUUGCUUCGUGGGCACACGGCGCCUUUGCCUGAAUUCGGGUCUGAUACARUUGAGGAUGRCAACAGUACUAUCGACCCCGACGACCAAGGAAUAAGUGCUACAGUGGACUCGUGGGAAGACAAUUGGCUGUUCCAAAAGAAAAGAAUAAACCAGAUGUCCGGAUCCAAUAAUUAUCACCAUCAUCCCGUACCCGUUCCUAUGUUAGUGCCGAACCCAUCCGAAGUCACCAGGCCACUAAUAGGCGAUCGCGAUGCUGACGAAACGUCCGAACUGUCUGACUACUCAAAUUCGGCAUUGGACGAGCUGCUCGAACUUUCUGAUUUUGAAUCAGAACCGCUGCAGACGAAACAUUCAGACGUCGACACAAACUCCAUUGAUGGUGGAAUUUUACUGUUCGAUGGUCCUAGCAGCGAGGAGGACAAUCCGCUUGUUUGGGAUCCCGUAGUGGAAGCUUGCAACAAGCACGUCGCACUUUCCCAAGUAGAUUCUGGCCAAGGUUCAAUGGAUCAUCAGAGGGAUUUUGAUCAAUCUAUAGAAGUCAACGAAAAACCUGUGCCAAGGCCAAGGUCUAGUUUAAUGUCAAGCGCUACAGAUAGCGAAGUCAAUUCAGUGUCAUCCGAUGAAGUUAAUGUCGCACAAGAAGACGAGGCGUUACCUCCCAGGCCAGGUACGAUAGCAGAACGAGAACAUUCCAAGUGGGAAAAGGCGACGCCACUAAGGAACAACCCGUACUCCGCCGAGAACAUCGAAAAGCGCAAGUAUAAGUCGUUCUUCGGCAGCAGGAGCAGUAGUGAGGCAUCACUGAAUUUAAUCAAUGGAAACGACACGUCCAGCUCGUUGAAAAUAGUCUGCAGCCCCUUGUUACCGGACACUCAGCGGUACGGUCGAGAUUACUACAUCAAUCAGUCCGAGGAAAUGAAAGCCAGAAAAAAACAGACCAAGGUAUCCAAACUGGUAGUACAGAUCGGCGAAGACAAAUUCGAAGGUGACGCACGGCGAACUGGCCGUGCAGUUCAGGACUCCGAGCCGGAGCCUCAUCCGCAAUCRCCAUCCAGUGGUGAAGUGCCCUUUGGCAGUUGCGGUGGUCAAGACAAACUGGUUCGGGUGUGCUCGUGGWCGGACCGACGGGAGAGCAGCAGCGGCGUCCCUAAGAGUUCCAUCGCAGAAUCGAUGACGGACGAUGUGCACCACUAUAUGCCUUCGGUCAGAGAACUAGCCAAACAGUUUUCGWCCAACAGCGCUGAAAACACACACAAGAACCCGAGCAGACAAGUUCACAGUCUGACGGCCAGAAGCCUAAGCCGAGAGUACCGCGAAGGUUUGGGAUUGAAAGUGCGCGAUAAAAGCGUACACGCUGUGCAGGACUCGGACGACAGUGGCAACGGAUCUGCUAAGUCUGAGGACGCUAACACGGUCAGCCAAAGGCACCUGCAGCUGUCUAAGUGAAAUCGUUUUUUAUACGGCUGGUCAACAAAUUAUCAUAUCAUUAUUAUUAUUAUCGUUGCGAUGGCUGUAUACUGUAUAGUAAUCACUAAUUAGUAAUGUAUAGAGAUUUCUAUAAUUUCUAUAAUAUGAAAUCUGGAAAUCAUAUAUACCUAGUCUUUACAAAAUUGUUAUUAUUUUAAUAUUAUAUUACUGAAUAUAUCACAUUACACCCAGCGUAUAAAGAAUAUUUUUAAUACAUUACGGUUUUGUGAUAUAUAUCAUUAAUUUUAUUAAAACUAAAAUAAUAUCAUAAAAUCAACUAUAUAGGUACCUCUUACCUACAGUAUAUAGUAGUACAGGGGUACAAAUAGAUGACCUGCAGUUGUUGUAUUGUUAUAAUUUAUUAUCGUAUAAUAAUAUUAAUUAAACUGUUAUUAUUAUUUUUAUUUUUAAAUUCCUUAUUAUAGAUAAACAAUAAACCCAUACAAAUGUAGUAGUUUUUUUUUUUUUAAUUUAAAAGCAUUAUACAAUUAUUUU